AUGCGUUCAGGCGGCCGCGCCCUGAGGGGCGGGGACAGGAGGCGCGCGCGGCUCCGGCCGCCCAGCCGCUCUGGCCUCCGCGCUCCCUCUCGGGUCCGCCGCGCGCGCCUCGCAGGGCACUAUGGCGGGCUGGUGGCGCUGCUGGCCCAGCGGCAGGGUGGGCGCGCGGGUCCGGCCCGCGCCGCCUGGCUCCUGGCGCCGCCGCCGCGCCUGCGCCCCGCCGCCCCCGCCCCCGGCGCCUGCCCGCCCGGGCCAGACGUCCGGCUGCUGCGCACGGCCCGCGGGGACCGCCGCGGCCACCAGGACCCCAACAGAGUCACUGAGACAAUGGGCAGCAGCGCCAGCAGCACAGAGGAGAAAAAGCAAAGCAAGUCACAGCAGCUGAAAAAGGUCUUUCAAGAGUACGGUGCUGUUGCCGUGUCGCUGCACAUUGGGAUCUCAUUAAUCUCCUUGGGCAUAUUUUACAUGGUUGUUUCAAGUGGCGUGGACAUGUCUGCAGUCCUACUUAAACUCGGACUUAAAGAGUCGCUGAUACAAUCAAAAGUGGCAGCAGGCACAAGUACCUUCGUGGUGGCCUACGCGAUCCACAAGCUGUUUGCACCCGUGAGAAUCAGCAUUACCUUAGUCUCUGUGCCCUUGAUUGUCAGAUAUUUUCGAAAAGUGGGAUUUUUUAAGCCUCCAGUUGCAAAACCUUGAUAAACUCUUCAGUCGUAGGCCCUGAAACCUGUUUCUUUUAAAUCACACAAUUUUUAUCCAUUUUGGCUUUAGGGUUGUAAGGUUUCUUCAGGGGGAUAAGGGGAUGCAGGGAGCUAGUUGCUGUGUCCUCAUAGAUAAAUUUUACCUUUACCAGCAAAAAUCAGGCCUUUGAAUAAUUAUCAAUUUUUCUGCUUCAUAAAUUUUGUUAAUGCUAUUCAUCAUAGGGCUUGUAUACAUAAUCUGAAAUGUCAGCAAGACAUCACAAAUGAGUUAACAUCUCAAAACAAAACACAUUAUAGGAGGUUCCCUCUGGAAGAUCUUUGGUGAGCAUCUGUCUGCAAAAGCUCCAGGGGUUAAUCUUUGCUCAAGUUCUUAAAAAUGAUUAGUUUAGCUGGCCUUUUAAAGUCCCCUUCCUCUGUUGUCAGCUGCUCACUGUUUAAUAUGCAAUAUUCUGCAAAACAGCUGCCAGUGCAACAAUUAAUGAAGCAAAACUUAACAAUGUGUAAUCACGAUCAGAAUUAGCAUCAUUGCUUUGACAUUCAUUACACUUGUUUCAGGGAAAGAAAAACAAGUAUUUCUGGUAUGUUUCAUUGAUCCCAAAACACUUUCCAGUCUGGACAUGACAGGGCCUAUGUCGGGUGGUUUUUUGAAAUUUCAUUAAAGUAGGUCAGGGACAUUUGUCUCUGUUUAGGUAAAAUGUGGAAACCUGGCCCAGGAGCAGUGGCAUCACUUGGCUGCUGAAGCCCAAAUUCACAGAGGAAUUUACCAUGCAUAGAAAGCUAAGACAAUCUUUGCUUAACUCUCUGUAUCUCAAACUUCAGACAUUCCAGAGCUGUCACAAUGUUUACGUAGUCUCUACUUAUGUACAUGAAAAGGAAAGUUAGUAGCACUUGUGUGCACUGCCCAGUGGGCCUAGUGUCAUGUAGGACUUCCCUCUGGGCCCUGCUCUGAUGCAGGCCUCUGGGAAUCUGAACUAACCAGUCUGCCCAGCUGGGUGGUUGAGUUGCAUUUAUCUGUAAAUGCAUCUGGCUCCCAGUUCUUUGGUUUAAAGUUACAUUUGUGACAGUUGGAAAACUAAAGUGACUGUUAAUGGACCAUACUGGCUUUAGUGACAUCUGGCCAUUGACAGUUCCCUAG